GAUUUUGUUUUGAGUAAAAGAGGAAAUGGUGGGUAGUAGUAAUUCGUUGGCGGGUCUACAAGAUCACUUGAAAUUAGCCAGAGAAUACGCACUAGAAGGAUCCUAUGACACAUCUGUCAUCUUCUUCGAUGGCGCCAUUGCUCAGAUCAACAAGCAUUUAAACACCCUUGACGAUCCUUUGGCCCGGACUAAAUGGAUGAACGUUAAAAAAGCCAUAAUGGAAGAGACGGAAGUUGUUAAGCAAUUGGAUGCAGAGAGGAGAGCAUUUAAAGAAGCUCCCACUGGGCGUCGCGCUGCUUCUCCGCCUAUCAAUACCAAAUCAUCCUUUGUUUUUCAGCCCUUGGAUGAGUAUCCAACUUCAUCCGCUGCUCCUAUGGAUGAUCCUGAUGUCUGGAGGCCUCCUACCCGUGAUGUUUCUAGUAGAAGACCCGCCAGGCCUGGUCAAACUGGUACCAGAAAAUCACCUCAGGAUGGGGCUUGGGCUCGUGGCCCUACUACACGAACAGGUCCAGCUUCCCGUGGUGGAAGAGGUGGGGCUACUAGUAAGUCAACUGCAGGCGCCCGCUCUUCCACUGCCGGUAAGAAGGGAGCUGCCUCAAAAUCUACCAAGGCAGAGUCUAUGAAUGGUGAUGCUGAAGACGGGAAGUCAAAAAGGGGAUUGUAUGAGGGACCUGAUGAGGACCUGGCUGCUAUGCUUGAAAGGGAUGUGUUGGACUCAACUCCUGGUGUCCGUUGGGAUGAUGUUGCAGGUUUGUCUGAAGCCAAAAGGCUGCUUGAGGAGGCAGUUGUCCUUCCUUUAUGGAUGCCCGAAUACUUUCAGGGUAUUCGAAGACCAUGGAAAGGAGUUCUCAUGUUUGGUCCUCCUGGGACAGGUAAAACCCUGUUGGCAAAAGCAGUUGCAACCGAGUGUGGUACCACCUUCUUCAACGUCUCUUCUGCUACAUUAGCUUCAAAAUGGCGUGGAGAGAGUGAGCGCAUGGUCAGAUGCCUGUUUGAUCUGGCUAGGGCAUAUGCUCCAAGUACAAUUUUUAUUGAUGAGAUCGACUCUCUCUGCAAUUCUCGGGGGGGUUCUGGAGAGCAUGAAUCGUCAAGAAGGGUGAAAUCGGAACUCCUAGUUCAAGUAGAUGGAGUGAGCAAUACAGCGACAAAUGAAGACGGUAGUCGCAAAAUAGUAAUGGUAUUGGCAGCUACCAACUUCCCAUGGGACAUAGAUGAAGCUCUCAGGAGGAGGCUGGAAAAACGUAUAUAUAUCCCACUUCCAGAUUUUGAAAGUCGUAAGGCACUUAUCAAUAUCAAUCUGAGAACAGUCGAGGUGGCGAGUGAUGUUAAUAUUGAAGAUGUGGCCAGGAGAACGGAAGGGUACAGUGGAGACGAUCUGACUAACGUGUGCAGGGACGCAUCAAUGAACGGUAUGAGGCGUAAGAUAGCGGGGAAAACGAGGGAUGAGAUAAAGAACAUGUCGAAAGACGAUAUAUCAAAUGAUCCUGUGGCUAUGUGUGAUUUCGAAGAGGCCAUUAGGAAAGUGCAACCGAGUGUAUCUUCCUCUGAUAUUGAGAAACACGAGAAGUGGCUCUCUGAGUUUGGAUCUGCUUAAUUUAAACCCACUUUUUAUUAGUGUCAUAAGAUGUGUGCCUUCUCUUGUGUUUGUUGUUUAUUGUAUCAUUAUCAUUAUUAUUUGCCAGUCAUUUAUCAUAUUCUUAUGUUUCUAUAUUCCAAACUUGUAAACCUCUACGAAAAAGAAAAGGAUUGUAUGAUU